GCAGUCGUUGCAACUAGUUCGGCUAGAUCAGUACUCAGUACUCAGUACUCGAUACCCGACACACACCCCCUCUUCCAAGUGAAACAACAUCAGUUUUAUCGAGCGUGUAAUUUGUGAAACGUUUUUCCGCGAGAUUUAUGACAUCGGCGACAGCCUAAAUGCCUUCCAAAUUCAGCGUGCGCCAUAUGCGGUGCUUGGUGUUUUGUGUGCUGUGGCUGGCACUAAUUCAGGCUGGAAGCGCCCAGUUGCCAAGUGCACCCUUCCAGCAGUCGCCAUUCCAGCAACGGCAGUCAAUCGCACAGUUGCCACAGCAGUCGCCAUUUCAGCGCCAGCGUCAGCAGCAAACGGGGCAGGGUCUCUUUGCGGCUCAAGGCAAUCCUUUGAAUCAAUUGAGUCCACUGAAUCCUUUGGCAGCGCCCAUUGUUCCGCUUGGCCAGAAUCCCUACGGUCGCUACAAUCAGUACUCGCAGCAGCAGCAGAACUAUGUGCCCAUCACUGCCUACCAGAACGAACUCAAUCUUGAUGGCAGUUUCUCUUACGGCUAUGCGUCAGCAGAUGGCACCAUGGCCCAGGCCCAGGGAUAUGUCAAGAAUCUCGGCUAUGGCGAGGGCGUGGAGGCUCAGGUCAUCCAGGGCUCGUAUUCGUAUACCUCGCCCGAGGGCACACCCAUCACGGUGCGCUACAUAGCCGAUGAGAAUGGCUUUCGGGCCGAAGGCACUGGCAUACCUGCGACUCCCCAAUACUUUGUGGGCGCUCAGACGUAUCAGCAGGGUGUCAUCAAUCCCAAUUUAAACCCCUAUCAGACGCCGUUUCGACAACUGCCUCAAUCGCCAACAUCGCCAUUUCGCCCAGUGCCCGGACAACAACUGACGCCACUGCAGCAGCAACAACAACAACAGCAGCAACAAUUGCAACAGCAACAGCGCAAUUUGGCCAACACUGGACAAUAUCAGCCAGAGCAAGGACUUAACUCCUUGCUUUCGGGCAAUUUGCCUGCCCAAUAUGCGGGUCAGUUUGGCAACAAUUUAACACCACAGCAGCAGCAGCAGCAGCAACAGAAUCUCAACCAACAGCAGAGUCUUAAUCAGCAGCAGCAACAACAGCAACAGCAACAACAACAACAGCAACAAAAGGAUCAACGGAAUGAACAACAACAACAGGCGUUGAUAACACAACAAUUGAGAGGUAGACCCAAUCAGCUUGUGGACCCAUCAUAUGCAUAUAACCAGUACAACAGGCGCUUCAAGAAGUCCUCCAAGAUUUGAGAAAUCAAUUGAACUUUUUUAUAUUGCUCAGUAUUGUUCAGUAUUACGAAAUUCAUUGCGAAUUAGUCGAUUUAGUCGCAUUCAAAUGCAUGAAAUACAUGCGCCUUAAAAAAACCAAA